GUGCGUCAGGAGCGCAGGUGAGAUAUCGUCUCCAUUCCCAAACAGCGCGUCUCCCCGAGUGGUGGUCCGCAGUGGAUAAUAAGAAGACGGUUAUCAGAUCAGGAAGUUGAACAAGACGCGAGUUUACCUGCGCUCAGGUGCGUUUUUUUAAAAAAUCUGACCGUCCAGGAGUGGCAGAAGAAAAGACACAGUGAGGGCUCAAAGAGAGAGAAAAAAGAGCGCACAGACAGAAACAACCGGGAAAAGUCACGGAUGCAACCGUCUUUAUUGACUCAGUGAGAAACCGGAGCUGCUCAUCAGAUCAUCAAACUGUUUAAACGCUUUAAGACCAAGAGAGGAGACAUCCAGAAGAACCAUGAGGAAAUCUUCAUAUCCAGUGAGAUCAGCCAGCGCUCGGGCGAAGAGAACAGAACGAGAGGUAUCGGGCAUCACCAGUCCCACGCUGAAAAGGUCGUUUGAGGUUGAGGAGACAGAUUCAUCCACACAUCCCUCGCCCCUGUCUCGUCGGACCACCAACCCUCUCCGCUCUUCCACCUCUUCCGCUUCCAGUCAGCGGAGCUAUGACCUAAGCUCCCGCAGCUCUGACUACUCCUCUUCCAGAUCUUCUCCCACUGACUCCAAUCCACGCUCUCCAAAGACCGGCAUGAGGCGAAUUGAGUUAUCAGGGGCUCGUAACCCUGAGGCAGCCUCUGCCCGCCGCACUGAAAUCUCCAUUGAGGUCUCCUCGAAGCAGGUUGACAACUCCCCGAGCGCAGGCAUCGCUCGCUUCGGCCUCAAGCGGCCUGAGGUCAGCUUGAGCAGUCGGAGUACUCCUCUGGACACCUCCUCCAACUCCUUCUCAACAAACAGGAGGGCAGAGCUCAGCAUGACACGGUCCAGUGAGGCCCCUGCCCCUCCCAGGAGGAUGGACACCCAGCUGUCCUCAGCCCCAGUCUCAAGGAUCCCCGAGCCACCUCAGAGAAGAUUAGAUCCCCAGUCCCCUGCCAUCAGCCCAGUCGAAGGGGCCCUGAGGAGGCCAGAGAUGCCCGUCUUCAAACAGCCAGAUGGUUUGGUGCACGGCGGUCCAGUGGAGAACAACAACCAUCCGCCUCCUGCACCCAGUGCACCUCUGCCGUCCCUGGUGGAGCCUCGGGUGGAGAGAGUGCAGUCUCCUGUCACAGAGACGACAGCCAGACCAACAGACCGGUCCACAACAUAA